CCUCUCUCCUCCAUAAUUCCCUUCCCUUUCUCCUUCUCUUCUUCUUCCCCCCUUCAUUCCACCUUCAAACCCAAGAGUUUCCAUGGCGGACACUACAGUGAUAAUCGUCGGAGCCGGUCCCUCCGGUCUCGCCACCGCUGCCUCUCUAAAACUCGCAUCAAUCCCAUACAUAAUCCUCGAAAGAGAAGACUGUUCCGUUCCCCUUUGGCGAAAAUACUCCUACGACCGCCUCCGCCUCCACCUUCCCAACCGUUUUUGCCACCUUCCAGGCAUGCCCUUCCCUUCCUCCACACCAGACUACAUCCCUAAGGCCAACUUCCUCGACUAUUUAGACCGCUACGCCACCACUUUCGGAAUCCGGCCGCUGUAUCGCCGGAAUGUGGAGGCGGCCGAGUUCCAUCACGAGGAGAGGAAGUGGAAGGUUAGAGCUAAGAAUUUGGACAACGGUGAAAUUGAGGAGUUUUCCGGUGGGUAUUUUGUGGUGGCGUCUGGUGAGACGGCGGAGCCUCAUACGCCGGCGGUGGAGGGGAUCCAAAGAUUUGGCGGCGGUGUGAUGCAUUCCACCAAGUAUAAAUCGGGAAAAGGGUUUGAAGGGAAGAAUGUGUUGGUGGUUGGGGCGGGAAAUUCCGGGAUGGAAAUUGCUUUGGAUCUUUCUCUUCAUGCUGCUAAUACUUCCAUAAUUAUUCGAAGCCCGGUUCAUCUUUUGUCAAGAGGAAUGGUGAAGUUGGCAUUGGAUAUGUUGAAGUAUAAUUUGCCAAUUUGGUUUGUGGAUUCAUUGAUGGGGAUGUUGAGCAAACUAGUUUAUGGAGACCUCACCAAAUUUGGGAUCAAAAAACCAGCUGAAGGCCCAAUGUUCAUGAAAGUCAAGUAUGGAAAAUAUCCCAUCAUUGAUGCAGGAGUCAUUCAGCAAAUUACAUCUAGAAAAAUUCAGGUCUUGCCUACAGAAAUCUCAAACAUAGAAGGUAAUAAUGUAUUGUUUAAAAAUGGAAAAUCCUACCCAUUUGACAACAUCAUAUUUUGCACUGGCUUCAAAAGGUCAACAAAUAAGUGGCUGAAGGGAGAUGACUAUCUUUUGAAUGAUGAUGGACUACCCAAACCUAGUUUCCCAAAUCAUUGGAAAGGAAAGAAUGGCUUAUAUUGUGUAGGACUAUCAAGGAGAGGUCUCUAUGGAUCUAAUUUAGAUGCUCAAAAUGUUGCUAAAGAUAUAUCAUCCCAAAUCCAUAAGUAUGGGUAGGAGAAGGGGAAAAAAAAGGAGAAAAGAAUAAUGUAUCUUCAACUCAAGCAGACUCUUAUGGCUUUAAAGUUGAGAUAUUAAAUUUAUAACCAUAUGUCCAAAUAUGGGUCAACAUGUUAAAAGCUAGCUACUUGAAGUUAAGUUUUUCUUUUCCUCCAAUGUUAAUUGACAUUUUGUCAAUCCUAUAUCUCGAUAUUUUGACGAUAUAUAUCAACGUCAUUUGCCUUUAUAACUUUCUAUAAUUCCUAUUUGUCCUUCCUCAGUACUAUUCGAAUUGAGAUGGUUACACUCGAAGUGGUGUAUUCUUUUAUGUAAAGGUGUGAUCUAGACCAUAACGGUAGGGACAUGUUUGAAUGAACGUCCUUUCUCCGUUAUAACUAUUCGAAUUGAAGUGGUAUAUAUUUUUAUA